GGACCUCAGCGGCGGUUGCUGUGAUCCUCCUGGGUCUGUUUGCUUCAUCUUGCUGGGCAGAGGAAGCAUCCUGUCACGGAGCAUACGACCUCUACUUUGUUUUAGACAGGUCUGGGAGCGUUGCUACCAACUGGUUCGAGAUUUACUCAUUUGUGAAGAAUCUUACAGACAGGUUUGUGAGCCCCAGAAUGAGAGUCUCCUUCAUUGUUUUCUCAGCCAGAGCACAAGUCCUGCUGCCUCUGACUGGAGACAGAAACGAGAUAGAAGCGGGUCUGAAGCGCCUGCAUGACGUGAAGCCAGCAGGUGAAACAUACAUGCACGAGGGACUAAAAGAGGCCUCCGCUCAGAUUCAGAAACAGCCGCCCAAGUCCUCCAGCAUCAUCCUGGCUCUGACGGACGGGAAACUUGAGGUGUACGUGCACGACCUGACAGUGAAACAGGCUGACGAAGCGAGGAAAUACGGCGCCCGUGUUUACUGUGUGGGUAUCAAGGACUUUGACGAGCAGCAGCUUGCUGAGAUCGCGGACACCAAGGACCAAGUGUUUCCUGUCAAAGAUGGCUUCCAUGCGCUCAAAGGCAUUGUCAAUUCUAUAUUAAAGCGAUCGUGCACAGAGAUUCUGAGCGUGGAGCCCUCCAGUAUCUGUGUGAAUGAGUCCUUCGACAUCGUCCUCAGAGGGAACGGCUUCGCCAUCGGCCGCAGCAACGAAGGCGUCGUCUGCAGCUUCAUAGUCAACCAGCAAACCUUCAAUCAAAAGCCGAGCGUAGUGCGUAAUGAUUAUCUGCUGUGUCCUGCACCGAAGCUCUAUGAAGUGGGACAGACGAUGGACGUUCUCAUCAGCCUCAACAACGGCAAGUCCUUCAUCUCCAGCGCCUACACCAUCACCGCGUCCACCUGUUCGAAUGGUCUGGCGGUGGCGAUCGUCUUCCUGGUGCUGCUGAUCCUCGUGGCUCUGGCCCUCAUGUGGUGGUUCUGGCCUCUCUGCUGCACGGUGGUCAUCAAAGACCCGCCGCCACCUCCUCCACCUUCCCGUCCUCCACCACCUGAGCCUGAGCCGCUGCCCAAGAAGAAGUGGCCGACUGUGGACGCCUCUUACUACGGAGGAAGAGGAGCCGGAGGGAUCAAACGCAUGGAGGUGCGCUGGGGUGAAAAGGGCUCAACCGAGGAGGGGGCCAGGCUGGAGAAAGCCAAGAACGCCAUAGUGUCCAUACCGGAGGACGUGGAAGAGCCAAUGAUCAAACGUCCUACCCCGAAGGCUGCGCCCUCCUACCAUCAGAGAGAGAACAAAUGGUACCCUCCCAUCAAGGGUCGUCUCGAUGCUCUGUGGGCUUUGUUGGGGCGGCAGUACGACCGAGUCUCCCUCAUGCGUCCCACCACUGCAGACAAGGGUCGGUGUAUUAAUUUCAACCGUGUGCAGCAUCAGUAGAAGAGAAGGACUACUGUGUGAAAACCAACAUGUGCUGAUCGCUGUGGACGAGACGAGAAGAGAAGAAUUUCAGGUUUUUUUUUUCGUUUGUUUUUUUUUGUAGAUGAGUAAUCCUGCAGCUAAAACCACUAUCUGUUCACGCCGCUUCACUCGGUGCAUAAAGUUUCUCCUCUGGUUCUCUGCUUGCAGACCUUUGAGGCACACAGGGUGAGAUGUUAAUAUUAACUUAUUUACUACCUUUUCCUUCAACCGAGUCCCUCCCCCUCUUUUUUUUUUUUUUUGUUUGUUUUUUUUUAAUAAGGGAAGUAAAAGCAGAAGCUCGGGCGCCCCAGACCUCAGCGCUCAGACUCAGUUAGCUUUCCGUGCUCACCAAAGACUUAACAUAUUCUGACCAUAUUGUGCCUUCUGUGAAAAACCAAAUUUCACGGACACAGACGGAAGCUAUCUAAAGGGAAAA